GAUAACAAGGUUAGGUCGUUGUGCUAUAAGUAUGUUUCGGUCCGUGUGUCUGCUGCCUGGCUUCCUCCUCCUCUGUUUCUGUGAAAAGAGACUGUUGUUGACUGAUCAGAAUGUUGUCCAGGCCCUGCAAACCGAAUUACAAGCCAUUCGGACGAAGUUGCAGAGCCUCGAAUCUGAUAACAAGGCCCUUAGAUCUGAGAUUGCCCAAAUAAAACGACAAGGUUUAUCAACGUACAUUAUCUGGGGACGAAAGGACUGCCCGCAUAUCAACGGAACCAGUUUAAUAUACACAGGUAUCACUGCCAGUAAGCAUUUUAACGAAGUCGGAAGUGGCGUUACAAUGUUAUGCCUGCCUCACGAUCCCGACUCCGUGCCAUCUGACUUCCUCUCUGUGCAUACAACAGGAGGGUAUUCCGGCAGAAUAUGGGGAAGCGAAUAUGAGUUUACCUACCGCAGUGUUGCAAUCGAUGAUGACGCACCAUGUGCCGUCUGUCAAGUACAAGCGGAAUCUGUAAUCAUGGUGCCGGGCAAGAGACAUUGCCCCUCGGGAUGGAAAAACGAAUAUGUAGGAAUGUUAAUUGGUUCAUGGACUGGUGAACAUCCAUCUGAUUAUAUUUGUUUAGAUGAAAAUCCAGAAUUCUUCGAGGGAACUCGAAGUCAUAAUGAUAAUGGCAGAACGCUUUACCCCAUUAGAGCAACAUGCGGGAGUUUGCCUUGCCCUCCGUAUGUAAACGAUCAGUUUAUAUCGUGUAUUGUGUGUUCUCAAUAAAAGAUUGUAUAUU